UGUUGGGCGGGAGUGAUAGGUGUUAAAAAAAUGCUACCCCUGAAGCUGGCUACAGUAUGCAGUCGACAGAUAUUAAACCAGUUCAUGGGCAAUGGAAAAAAACUACUGUCAACCAGCACAGGCACACUGAAGGUACAUGAGGAAGUUCAGGAAGCACUGCAUGCUGGGAAGCCUGUGAUUGCUUUGGAGAGUGCCAUCAUCACGCAUGGAAUGCCCAGACCCGUCAAUCUACAAACUGCCCGUGAUGUAGAAGCAGUUGUAAGAGAGGAGGGAGUAACUCCGGCUACAGUGGCUGUCCUUCAUGGCAAGCUGCACAUAGGUUUAACCGAUGCUGAGCUGGAAUACCUGGCAGGUGAGAGAACAGAUCUCGUUAAGGUGUCCAGGAGAGACCUGGCAUAUGUUGUCUCACAGAAACUAAGUGGCGGUACCACUGUCUCAGCUACCAUGGUAGCAGCACACAAAGCAUGCAUUCCCAUUUUUGUUACAGGGGGUAUAGGUGGUGUCCAUAGAGGUGGAGAAAAAACUCUGGAUGUCAGCGCAGACCUUACAGAGUUGGGCCGCACCCCUGUUACUGUAAUAUCUGCCGGUGUCAAGUCUAUUUUGGACAUUGCCAAAACCCUGGAAUUCCUGGAAACUCAGGGCGUUUGUGUCUCAACUUUCGGCCAGAGCAAGGAUUUCCCAGCAUUCUUCACUCCCAGAAGUGGUCAUCAGUCUCCAUACCAGGUGACCAGUGCGGCAGAGGCGGCUAAACUUAUAUGGGCAGGAGAAAAACUGAACUUACAGAGUGGGAAUUUGAUAGCUGUACCAAUACCAGAAGAGUUCUUCUCAUCAGGGGAGAUAAUUGAGUCCGUGAUUCAAGUAGCUGUGAAGGAGGCAGAGGAUAAGAGAAUCCAGGGGAAGGAAGUAACCCCGUACAUUCUACAGCGGGUCAACGAGUUGACUGGCGGCGAAUCACUGAAAGCCAACGUAGCACUUGUGAAGAAUAAUGCUACCGUAGGAUGUCACAUCGCCAUGGAGCUCAGCAAACUGAAGAAACAAGACAGCAACGGACCAAUGAAAUUGCCUGCCACGUCAUGUGACUCGUCUUCACGACAACCUCACAGGACUGGUUCUUCAGGAAAACAACGUGGAAGAUCUCAAACUAAGGAUGGGAAAGGAUCAGGGAGGCCAGUAAUUGUGGGAGGCGUAGUGGUGGAUUACCUGUCUAAAAUUGGCGUGGAUAAUUUCAGGCUAGAUGGCGCCACCUACCCAGGUGAGGUGCACCAAUCACUUGGAGGAGUGGGUCGUAACCUUGCCGACUGCUUGGCUCGCCUUGGCAACAACCCCUUGUUCAUUUCUGUUGUCAGUGAUGAUGCUCACGCAGAGGUGUUCUUCUCCCAGUGUAAUCACAUGGACAUGUCAGGUGUUCGCAUCCUUAUAGGGGAGAAAACUCCUACCUACUCUGGCAUACUACGGAGUUCUGGUCAGCUUGUUGUUGGUGUAGGGGACAUGAAUCUUCACCAGGAAGUUACUCCAGAGCUUAUUUCUCAGUUUGAAGAAGAGAUUUCUGCCUCUCCUAUUGUUUGUGUUGAUGGAAAUGUGACACCUGAAGCCAUCAGUUACCUGUGCGAUAUGUGCUCUCAUCAUAAAGUCCCAGUGUGUUUUGAGCCGACGGACAUCCACAAAGCUGGCAAACCUUUCCUGACAUCAGCGGGUGACAGGCUGACGUAUACCUCCCCUAACCUGAGCGAGCUGCGACUGAUGUAUUCCUGUGUCACUGGCAAAAGCAGCCAAGUGUCCGAUUCCCGAAGCUUACAUGCCAAAAUGACUGAGGCGGCCAUGUUGUGUGAAGAACUCACAUGGCGAGUGCCAGUUGUCAUGGUAACACUGGGCAAAGAUGGCGUCCUCCUCUGUCACCGUCUGCAAGAUGAUGAAUAUCCACCUACUGCCGGAAACAUUCCAAAGAUAUCCGACAAGAUGAACGCCAUGCAUGUCCCAGCAUGCAGCAUAAAGGAAGAAGAGAUCGUGUCUGUCUCCGGAGCUGGAGACUGUUUGGUGUCUGCAACAAUCUCAGCGAUUCUAAAAGGUCAUGACCUCCAGAGAAGUGUGAGAGCCGGAAUGCUGGCCGCGAUGUUGUCGCUACGAUCGUACGAUCCUGUACCAAAGGCCAUAUCAUCUUGUCAACUGACAGAAGAUCUCAUACAAAAUGGAACUUCUUAAUCGUCAGUGUUUAAGUAUUAGUGCCAUUUGACACAUUCUUCUUCUCAGGGAAUUCCACGUACAUAAAUCAUGACAAGGUUAAAUGCGAAAUGCAACAUUUGUUGUACAGCAUUUGUAUUUUUUGAAACAAUACACCAGAUAUUAUUGAAAACAUUUUUAAUACCCAUACCAUGAACUAAAGUAAAAGAAAUAUGAAGCAAGGUUCUUCCUACACACAACUGAAAACCAUGUGUAAAAAUACUUUCAUUUUCUUUUUUCAGAAUUUUUUGAGACUUUUGAAAAGCAUUCAAAUAUUUGAAUUAUAUGGUAGGCUUUAUGGGCCAUACUGAUGGUAUCUAGGAACUCUGACUCCACAUCACCUCUAUGGUAGGCUUUAUGGGCCAUACUGAUGGUAUCUAGGAACUCUGACUCCACAUCACCUCUGUGGUAGGCUUUAUGGGCCAUACUGAUGGUAUCUAGGAACUCUGACUCCACAUCACCUUCUUUUUCUGUGAUGAUUUGGAAACAUUAUUUCAGUAAUCUUUCACUCAUGGCUAAAGAGAGUUAUCCCAACAUUCAGUGUCAUGAUUUUGAUAAACUUUUUCUGCUCUCAGAGUUCCUAAACUCUGAUAGUAUGGUCCAUAAAGCCCACAUUAGAAGUCAAAUGUUUGAAUUCCUUUAAACUGUCUUUUACAAAGAUCUUAAAAUGUAGAUGAAAAAAUAUUUGUGAAUAGUUUUAAGUGGUCUAUUUAGUGAUGCCAACUUCCGAUUUUUAGAGGUGUAUUUCUUUAACAUCUCACAGCAGCUGCUUGCUUUAUACUAAUAUAUGUGAUGUGGUGUCCACUAAAAGUUGUUACUCCACUGCUUGAUUUUAAUAACGAUGUCAGGAAUCUUGUAUCACCGUUUUGUGUGUGAGAAACUUGAGAAGACUGGAUUUAUGGGUUUUCUCAGAGUUUAUUUCUCACACCUAUUUCAGAUGGUACAUAUAUGGUGCCUGCAAAGAUUUUA